CUUGAUGCAUUGAUAGUUGAUACCAAUGCCAUACUCUUUUUACUACAACUAAAGUACGUUACGGUAAAUGGUGCUGAGUGAAAGUAAAGUUCUGACUAUUUUACAGAUUGAGUUACCUUAAUUAUUAAUAUUAUAUUCAUGUAUUAGGCAUUGGCCAUUGCCCAUAAGUGUAUUAAAUAUAAUGCCAAAUUUGUGAAUGGAAAUUUGUUGACUCGGAUGUCCAUAGUCUUCUGUUCAACAUUAAUUGCCAGAAAUUUUAAUUCAGUUAUCACCAUAUUCACCGACCUGUAUUAAACUGCUGUAAUUUUGCUGCCCACUAUUCAUUUAAAAUUAUCCUUUAUGUUAAAUUUGUGUUAUGGGUUUCUUCAAUUCAUUAAGGAAUAUAAAAAAAUGGUUCACUGACAAGGCUGGAUUUUCUGGACAUAGAGGACCAAUAAAACGUAAACAUGAAGAAUGUGAACCUAUAAACAAUAAAAGAGCACGUAUGGAUGAUAGCCUGGUAGAAAUUGUUGAAAUCAGCGAUGAAUCACUAUCUGAAACCGAUGAGGUGGAAAUCACUGAACCUGGGCCAUCCACUGUACCACUCAGAGCCAGUCCACCUGUUAUGCUCAUUGAGGGUAGACAACAUACAAGGAGAACUAUGUCACCAGUUAGGACAAUAGAUCUAAAUGAAUGUAACGGUGAUGAUGUCAAAAUGAAAAUUAUUCGAUCAUAUAGUUUAUCAAAUCCACAACUUAUAAGUAACCGGAAUGCUAGUACCAAGGCUAUCCGAGAAGAAAGAUCUUCAAUUAGAGGAACAAAACAAUUAAGUUUGAGUAUGGAAGGUGGAUUUUCUGCAUUAAAAAUUAAUGACACAUCAAAUAACGCUGACCCAAAUAAAUCAUUUGCAAUGGUUUUAAAACAUUAUGUAGCGCCAAAACCAGAAACUAACAUUUUAUUAGAUUCUAGUUCUAGAUCGCCAAUGAGUAAUCAUAAAGAAAAUAUUUUAAAUCAAUCUAAAUUAUCUCAAACAUCUGGUAAAGAAAAUUUAGACAUUCCUGAAUUAAGUCUUCAUAAGAAUAGAAUUAUCAAGAAAGAGUUGUUUUAUGAACGUAUAUUAAGAAAGUUUAAGGAGAAACAAGCAGCUGCCAUUUUAACUUCUGCUACAACAACCCAACUAAAAUCACCCGACGAUAUUUUUCAAGAAAAAUUAGAAUUGAUGAAAAAAGAACUAGACAAAAUUGAACCACAAAAGAAAAAUGAAAUUUUUCCUGGUUAUUCUAAAGAAAUAGCUGAAUCGAUUGCAUUUCAAAUGUCUAGUUCGUUAAAUGAGUACAUUGUUCAAGGGAAAAAUAUUAAAAAAAUGGAUUUAAAAACUAUUUAUAAUCCUACUGCUUGGUUAAAUGAUGAAGUUAUAAAUCAUUAUUUGGGUAUGAUUGUUGACCGUGAUCCAACUAACAUUCACACAUUUGAUACAUUCUUUUAUUCUAAAUUAUCAUCACAAGGAUAUCAAUCUGUUCGUCGGUGGUCAAGAAAAAAAGAUAUAUUUGCAUGUAAAAAAAUGUUCAGUCCUAUUCACCUGGGUAACCAUUGGUGUCUUAUAUGUGUAAACUUCAUUGAAAAAACCGUAAAAUAUUAUGAUAGUUUAGGCGGUAAAAAUUCUAACUGUUUAAAUAUAAUAUUUAAUUAUCUAAAACAAGAGUACGAGAAUAAGAAGAAUGAGAAGUUUGACAGUAGUGGAUGGCAAAUAAUGGACGCUGAGGAUUGUCCAAAACAAAAAAAUGGUUAUGAUUGCGGGGUGUUUACUUGUGUCAAUGCAGAGUACCUAUCUCGUGAUGCAAAACUAGAUUUUGUUCAAGAUGAUAUGCCCAAAUUAAGGAGUAGGAUAUGUUAUGAGAUCUUAAACAAUCGUUUAUGUUAUUAAAAUUAAACUAAAUCAUUUGUUUCCUAUAAUAUUGAGUUAAUUUUAUUUUCAUUUUUUUCAAGUUCUAUAGAGUAUUACAUAAUAUGUUGGUGAAUAUAAUAAACAUUGACAAGAGGAAUAACAUUCCUUAAUUGUCUAAUUAGAUUUCAUAAUUUUAAUAAAAAUGCUAGCCUAAAUAUGAAAAAAAAAUAUUUGUUAAUACUGUAUUUAUGUAUGUAAUUAUAUAUUAAAACAAUUAUACCAUGAAAUUGAACUCACUUCCUAUUAUGUAGAAUAAUUCAUGUUAACAUUUAACUGAAUAAAAUUAGAAAUACUGUUCAUGAAUCUUUAAAAUCAAAGUUAAAAUUAUUACUUUAGGCAUACAAUUAAUUAAUUUAAAGGCUGAAUAAUUCAAUAAAUAUAAUGUAGUGUUUAUAUUGUAUUUAAAUAUUAUGAUUUGAUAUAUUAUUCUGUUUAAAAUCUUGUUUUUAUUUCAGUACAUGAUCUAAACAUUCUAGCUAUGCAGAAUUUUUUUUUUAUUUGAAUGUUAAUACAUAAAAUACAUCUAUUUAUUGAAUACAAUUUAUCUAUUUUUUACAUUAAUUGAACAUUAUUUCACCAAAGUAUUCAUCAAAUUGUUAAUAUUUUUAUCAUACAUUCAAAAUUGUUUAAAUUGUAAAUGUUUUACACUAUAAUGUGAAAUACUACAGGAUUUUAAAAAAUUUUUAAAAAGUAAAUAGGUAAUGUAAAUACAUUUAUAAUUUAUAUCUCACAAUUUUAUUUCAUAUACGUAUAGAUUGUCUUUUUUAAUAUAUUGUUGACUAAAUUGGUAUGGUAUUGUG